GGCUGUCGUUUCCAGUGGCGUGAAAUCGAUAUUGGAUAUUCCGAAAACUUUAGAAUAUUUGGAAACUCAGGGUGUAUUCGUUGCAACGUACGGUCCGACAAAACGAUUUCCUGCCUUCUACGCCACGGAAAGCGGAUGUGAGGCUCCUUACAGCGUGUCCUCGGCUGCCGAAGCAGCUUUAGUUAUAGAGAGCAACAGGGAAAUGAAUUUAAAUUCCGGUAUGCUGUUCGCAGUUCCGGUUCCAGCAGAGUGUUCUAUGGAUGGAACGGAAAUCGAGGCGGCAAUCGAAGAUGCUCUCGCGCUGGCAAAACAAAAGGAUGUGUCUGGAAAAGAUAUCACCCCUUUCCUGUUAUCCUAUCUAGCUAAAGCGACCAAUGGUAGAUCGCUCGAAUCGAAUAUUGCGCUCGUGAGGAAUAAUGCAAAAGUUGCCGCGGAAAUUGCGAUAGCCUUGAGUGAUUUGGAGAGGGAAAAAUCGAGACCAGUGGGAUCCAGUGAUGUGGUCGUUGUCGGUGGUUCAAUCUUAGAUCGUUGUGCCAGAAUCUCUGAUAAACAUAUUGAGCUCGACGGAAGGGUUCACUACGGCCGUAUAACUGAGAAUGCUGGCGGAGUCGCAAGAAAUAUGAGCGAAGCCCUGAAUAAGCUAAGAAGCCACAGACCGGUGGCUUUCAUUUCCGCCAUCGGUGAUGAUUCGAGUGGAAGUUUAGUAGCACAAUCGUUAGGCCCCCACGUUGAGCACCUAGAGAGAGUGCGAGGCUCGAGGACGGCUCAAUGCAUGGUCGUGCUAGACAGCGACGGCGAAUGCAAGUUCCUCGUCGGCGAUAUGGAUGUGCACGCCCGCAUCACGCCGGAAAUGGUUAAUGCGAAGGCCGACCUCAUCGCCGAUUCCAAGCUAAUAGUAUUAGACGGUAAUCCCAGUCUAGAUACUAUGGAAACCAUUCUGGAAUUGGCCCACAAAAAUGAUAUUUCAGUAUUUUUCGAGCCUACGGACGUUCCUAUCUGCCAUAAACCUUUUCAAUGCAGAUAUCGUUCCAGCAUAAAGUACAUUAGUCCUAAUUUAAAUGAAUUAAAAUGCAUCGCAAAGAGCCUAAACAUUCCAACCUCAGACAAAGAUGUUAUAUACAUUGCUGGACGAGUUGCAGAAUAUGUUAGCAAUAUUAUAGUAACCAUGGGUUCAGAUGGUGUACUGAUUGUACGACGAAAUUCGGCAAAAAGCAAAUUGCAUAGUGAAGCAGACCAAGGACCCUUGCAAAUUAGGCACUAUCCAGCCUCGAAAGUUGAAAAUUUAAUAAAUGUUAGUGGAGCUGGUGAUUGCUUUGCUUCUGGAAUAAUUGCUGCUAUGCUAGAAGGAAUGAGCGAGGAAAUUUGCGUAUCAGUGGGAUUUGAAAGUGCGAAUAAAGCUUUGUAUACCGACAAGACAGUUCCAGAUUAUUUCUUUAACCGUGAGGAUGAGGCUUGGACUAAACCAGCUUACUAUAAAAUUAUUAAAUAA